AUGGCGGGUUCGAAAGGCUUCCUGUUUGUGGAUGCAUACCCCUCUGCAACCGAUCCAAGGAGCAGGGAAUUGCAGAGAGCGCAAGUGCUCUCACACGCCGCAAGAGCCAGUCAUCCGAAGAAUCGUAAAGAUCCUCCCAAACGAACUGCUAAUCACGUCUCUGCGGCCAGAAAACGUGAAUCCGAGCAGCCUGUCUCGGAGCGGGAAGGGAUUGAGACGCAUCGCAACGACCGCUCCACGAGCGAUGAAGAAGGGCCUAGUCACGAGCAGAAUUGCAACUGUCCCAAAAGGUACAGCGGCGUGCAUAGGUGGCGACUUAUACAGAGGCACUCGCGGUCGCGUGUUGGUGGUAGAAACUGCCAGGGAGCAAAGUCGGCCAAACAUCCAUACAAUCUGGCAGCGGAGCGAUCAGAUAGGACCCUUCCACUGUACAAGGGGAACUCAGAUCCCUUCAAUGCUACCGCCGUCCCUUUCAGCGCAUUUGAUCUCGCUCUCGUCAAGGACGAUCGAGUAAGCGUGAUCGACGUUUGUUGGCCGGCAGAAAUCUCUAUGCGCGGGAAUCGCGCGAUCUUGGUCGCCGAGACCUGGAAGAGUAUGCCCAGUAUCCUCGAUGCGCCGGCGGUCGCCCACGCAAUCAUCAGCCAUUCGCAUUACAGCAGAGCUGUUCGAUAUCAAAUUCAAGGUCGGCGGGAUCAGAAUGCAAUGGUCCUGGCAGAGAAGCACAAGAUGUUGGCAGUGAGGGGCUUGCGCGACCUGCUGGAAAACUACCGACAAAACGGCCGUUCAGACUUGUUGGUGGAGAUCAGGAAAGCUUCUGCGCAGCUCUCAGCGUGUGGCAUUAUUUCCGGUGAUGUUGCCUCAGCGCAGGUGCAUUUUGUGGGUGUCAAAAUGGUGGUGGACAUGAUGGGAGGGCUCAAGAGUAUGCUACCGUUCCAAAGCGAGGCCUUGCUCUUUUCCCAGGUGGCAUGCGCUUGGUUCAACCGUCAACGUCCGGUGUUUCAUCCGGACGAGUGGAAUCCUCCGUCCUGGCCCGAGUUCUCAAGAUCGCUUCCCAAGCCGCUGAGUUCGACGGUCGACCAUGGUAUUCAUCCCACCCCAGACGGCUGCACGGCCGACACAUUCCAGCCUUCUGCUAUGUCUCCCAAAGUGAGCAGCGUCGUCAAGGAGCUUCGAGACCUGCUCCAUCUCGAGGAAGUAAAGAUUGCCCUCGCGGCCACAAAGUCCGACAUGGCUGAGCCGGUGUUUCGGUGGUCGGUCCUGCGCAAGCUUGCUAUUCGAGCGCGCAACCUCAUACUCUGGUGCGAUCUGAGGGACAUCAUCUCCGAGUCUGCAGCCGAGAAUGGUGGACUUGACGAGAUCCGGGCUAGCAAUUCAUCAACGGCAUUCAACAUGAUCCUCUGCUUGACUGUCAGGUGCUUCGACAGGGCCAUCCUUGAAGAAUUCUAUUACACUGAACAGCCGUCUUUCCGGUUUAGCACAAUGUUCCUCGCCGAGGUGGAGGCCAAUCUCAAACGUCUCGACCCGCCGUUUCCGAGUGGCCGUACCUCGGACGAUAAACAUCUCGACUUCCAGGGCCAGGUUCUACAGGAUGAAAGGAGGUUCGACAUGCUCUGGAUAUACUCGGUUGGCGCAUACAUCGAGCACUGUAACAUCAAACCUAGCUCCAGGCGAGUUUCCACAGCGUCCGCAGAACCCCUGGUGUCAUCGCUUGCCACACCAGGAGUGGGGGAGCAGAAUACGACGGGAGGAGGUGAUGGACCUUUCACGGCGCUCUUCAGCAGACUGGUCAAGCCGCUUGGCUUUGGGACUUUCCAGGAUCUUACGAGCUUCUUGAGCGAGAGGUAUCUUUACUGUGCCAGGGUGCAGGACGACAGCUUGAGGAAGCUGAUGGAGUUUUAA